GCGGCUGACUUGGCGUGGCGGCCUGCGGGCCCGGUUCGACUUAGCCCUUCUGGAGGAUCCUCAGUUUCUGAAUGUAUGCGGCGUGAGCAUUGUGCCGUGAGAGAUACAGAGAAUGGAGUCAAAGCCCUCAAGAAUUCCUCGAAGAAUAUCUGUUCAGGCUUCCAGUUCUUCACUAGGAUCUAGAACAUUAACUGGAAACAGUUUAGCUGGUGCAUAUAAUGCAAGAGACUCUUCACGAAGAUUAGAAUCUGGAUACCAGGAAUCCAGUGUAUUGAAUAGUUCCAGUAGAGACUGGGGAAUUGGAGAAAGAGACACCCAUGACACUCCUUGGAAGCUCACAACAUCCUCUCCAACUCGCUACUCAGGGACACUUGAUCAUCCACAUUCUGGAAGAUUUUUGGGAAGUGGAAGCAGAUUGUCUACAUCAUCUUCCUCUCAUUUUACAUCUGGGUGUUACGGUGAGUCUGAGAGAACUCAGGGAGCAUAUUCAAGACUGCAUAGCCAGCAGCGAGAUAGUGAUUCAAAGAGACCUAAGCUGUCUUGCACAUCUACCUCUUCUGUGAGAAGUAAUGGCUUGACUGCCUUUACAGAUUCUUCUUGGAGGUACAGUAGGAUUCCUAGGUCUUCAUCAGUGAUGCUAGGCUCCCUUGGAACUGAGCUGGUGAGAGAGCGAAGAGAGUUAGAAAGAAGAGCAGAUCUGUCUGUUAAUAACCUGGUGGAUCACAGCUACAGAAACAGUGACUUUUCAUCUUCAACAUAUCUUCAAGACAGGCCUGCCUCUUCAUAUGCAGAAGGAGCAAGACCAAAAGAGAAUUCAUUAAGCACUUUGAGGCUGAAUGCAUCCAUGAACCAUCAGUUGCCUUCUGAUCAGCAGCCAUCUUAUUUCAACAGAGACUCUAACAUGAGCUCUUCAAGAUUCAGCUAUUCUUCAAGACAAAGGAGAAAUGAAUUGGAAUCUCCUCAGAGGAGCAUGCAGACAGCAUUUUCUCUAACUGCCGUUAGAGAUGCAACUUCUUCCUCAAGUGGUUCUGAAAGGGUUUUAUCUUCUCAGAGGUCAUUGAAUGAGCCUGCAGCUGACAGCGAAGGGAGGCGCACAACCAGACAGCUGCUGUCUCGUUUAGCAUCUAGUAUGUCAUCUACAUUUUUCUCACGAAGAUCUAGCCAAGACUCAUUGCAUACAAGAUCAUUGGGCUCUGAAGACUCAACAGUGGUCCCAAGAAGUCAAGCUUCUACUCUGUCAAAUAGUGGAUCUGCAAUUCCGGAAGUUCCAGGACUUCAGACAUCUGAAGCUUCUCAGGGAUUUAGUUUUCUGAGACGGAGAUGGGGCUUAUCAGGAGUUUCACAAAGUCAUAACUCUGAUUCAGAUGGGGAAAGUUAUAGACCAGACUCUGAAAGUAGGAGCACAGGAUCCUGGUUAUCAUCAUCUCUGCGAAACCGAUGUACUCCUCUGUUUUCCAGAAGAAGAAGAGAAGGAAGAGAUGAAUCCGCAAGGAUCUCUACCUCUGAUACAACUGCUAGAUCACAACAUAUAUUCAGAAGAAGAGAGUCAGGUGAGGAGACCUCUCCUGAAGCAUCAGAUAGCACUCCUCGGGCUUCUAUUAGCAGACCACCAACACCUGCAGUAUCUGGUAUUCCUGCAGCUACUGCCUCCACACCAGAUUCAGCCCACAGUAGGAGAAGUUCUGGAAUUCUGCCUGGUUCUCUCUUUCGCUUUGCAGUGCCUCCAACAUUAGGAAGCAAUCUUUCUGACAAUCUUAUGAUAACUGUAGAUAUUAUUCCUUCUGGCUGGAAUCAGUCUGAUGGACAGGAAAGUGGCAAGUCUAAAAUACCACCUUCAAGAGAUCCAGAAAGGCUCCAGAAAAUUAAAGAGAGCCUGCUUUUAGAAGAUUCUGAAGAUGAAGAGGGUGACUUAUGCAGAAUCUGUCAGAUGUCCUCUGUAACUUCUGACAACCUUUUAAUAGAGCCAUGCAAAUGCACUGGAAGUCUGCAGUAUGUCCACCAGGAGUGCAUGAAAAAAUGGCUGCAAUCCAAGAUUAAUUCAGGUUCUUCUCUGGAAGCAGUAACAACUUGUGAACUGUGCAAGGAGAAGUUGCAUCUGAAUCUGGAAGACUUUGACAUUCAUGAACUCUAUAGGGCACAUGCAAAUGAACAAGCAGACUAUGAAUUUAUCAGCUCCGGUCUCUACCUUGUAGUGUUGUUACACUUGUGUGAGCAGCGCUUUUCUGAUAUGCUAGGAACUGCAAGUGAGGCCAGCACACGUGUUAGGCCUCUGAGGAUGAUUCUGAAGACUGAUGCUGGUAUAACUUCUCAUACUGCAAGAGACAAAUGGAGUUGCUACAGAAAUGCUGGACUGGCAAGAACAACAUCAACAUGCAUUUGGUUUUUUUCCUCUCCUUAGUAAAAAGUGCAUUGAAUAUUACUGUAGUUUUUGAAGCAUUGUUGAAUUCAAAGUCACAACUGCUGCACAGUGGAACUCAGUGGACUUGAGAGCUACUCAGCAUGUG